AUAAUAAGCCGCCAUAUUGAUAAACAUGGCGGUAUUUGCAUAAGAACUAUUAUUAUCAAUUGCAUUUAAUUUCAAAGAUAUUUAUAUUAAUAAAAACAGCGUUUGAAAUAAUUAAUUUUUAAUAUACAAAUUCUAAUCGAAGUUAGUUACUAGGAAUAACCUAUAGAGAAUACGUCUAGAAAAUAGAUAAAAAAGAAGAAUAUUUGUAUUCGGAACUGUACAGAUUAAUAAACAAAUAAUUUCAAUUUAGUUAUUAAAAUGACUAACCCUCCAUUAUCGACUAAUUCUAAUGGUACCAACGACGAAGAAAUGCCAGAUACAAGUAAUAUAUUUAAAAGUAGAGACUUUAUGUAUAAACUUAUUAUAAGCCAAUUACUAUACGACGGGCAUCAAAGUGUAGCUACGGCUUUACAACAGGCAGUUCAAGUAGAAACAAAUAACGCCCCAAGUGAUAGACUAUUUCACUUAACAAUUACCGGUCUUGAACACGAACCCGGAUUCAAAGAAAGGCCAAAAGCUAUCGGUUUCGGCAGUAAUAAUGUUGGUUCAGGACUUGAUUUGGAAUUUGAAACUGAAUCCAAUGUUCCCGCCCCUGAGCCUGCUCUAUAUGAAACUGCUUAUGUAACUUCGCACAAAGGUAACUGUAGAGCGGGGUGUUUCUCAUCAGACGGCCAACUUAUCGCAACUGGAAGUGUAGAUGCCAGUAUCAAAAUCCUAGACGUUGAUAGAAUGUUAGCAAAAUCAGCACCGGACGAAAUGGAUCCUUCCAGAGGAGAACAACAAGGCCAUCCUGUUAUCAGAACUCUAUACGAUCAUAUGGAAGAAGUUUCUUGUCUAGAAUUUCAUCCUAAAGAACCGUUUUUAUGUUCCGGUAGCAAAGAUAUGACUGUAAAGUUAUUUGAUAUUUCCAAAGCUAGCGUAAAGAAAGCUUUCAAAACAAUAACCGAAGCCGAACCAGUUCAAGCUAUAUCUUUCCAUCCUUUAGGUGAUUACCUAAUUGUAGCUACCAGUCAUCCGGUUAUCCGCAUGUAUGAUCUAAAUACCUUACAUUGUUACGUAUGCGCCUUUCCUAAACAUCAGCACACUGCAACGGUCACUAAUUUGAAGUGGUCGCCGGAUGCUAAAUUAUUUGCUUCGUGUAGUAAAGAUGGUAACAUAAAAAUUUGGGACGCAGUUUCCAAUAAGUGUAUAAAUACUCUGAUUAAAGCUCAUGAUGGAUUGGAAGUGUGUUCAGUGGUGUUUUCCAAAAAUGGAAAGUAUUUGUUGUCUUCAGGGAAGAAUUCUAUUUGUAAAUUGUGGGAAUUAACUACUAGUCGCUGUUUGAUUACAUACACAGGUGCUGGUACAACCGGUAAACAAGAAUAUGAAGCUCAAGCGGUGUUUAACCAUACUGAAGAUUACGUACUAUUCCCGGACGAAGCCACGACGUCAUUGUGUGCAUGGAACUCCCGAACCGCUUCCAGGAAACAAUUAAUGUCUUUAGGUCACAACGGAGCCGUUAGACUAAUCGCUCAUUCGCCUACCCAAGCUGCGUUUUUAACUUGCUCCGAUGAUUUCAGAGCCAGGUUUUGGUACAGGAGAACACCGACUUUGUAAUCAUUUUUUUUUUCUAUAUAUAAAUUUAUUGAAUCAAUUUUUACAC